AUGUCGUUCGUUGCUACCGCCUUCACUUCUCUGCUUGCCGUCCAGGCCGCUCAGGCCAUUCCUUUCUCGCGCCGUGCUGCAGCUGGUCUGAACACGGCUGCGCAGGCCGCCGGUCUCGAGUACUUUGGCUCCGCUACCGACAACCCGGAACUUACCGACACCGACUAUGUCGCUGGCUUGAACAACACUGCAGACUUCGGCCAGAUCACUCCUGGUAACUCCAUGAAGUGGGAUACCAUUGAGCCCUCCCGCGACAGCUUUUCCUACACCAAGGGAGACGUCAUCGCCGAUCUCGCCGAGGCCAAUGGCCAGAAGCUGCGCUGCCACACCCUCGUUUGGUACAACCAGCUGCCCAACUGGGUCAAGACUGGUGGCUUCGACAACGCUACCCUUGUCGAGAUUCUGAAGAACCACGUCACCAACGAGGUCACUCACUACAAGGGUCGCUGCGACCACUGGGACGUUGUGAACGAGGCUCUUGACGACGAUGGAAACCACCGUGAUUUCGUCUUCUACAACACCAUUGGCGAAGCUUACAUUCCCAUCGCCUUCGCCGCCGCCGCCGCCGCCGAUCCCGAUGCCAAGCUGUUCUACAACGACUACAGCAUCGAGUGGUCCGGCAACAAGCAGAAGGCUGCCAAGAAGAUUGUUGAACUGGUCCAGUCCUACGGUGUCAAGAUCGACGGUGUUGGCCUCCAGGCCCACUUCACUGUUGGCAACACUGUUGGCCAGGACGCCUUGGAAACCACCAUCCAGGACUUCGCGUCGCUUGGCGUCGAGGUCGCCAUCACUGAGCUUGACAUUCGCAUGGAGACCCCGGCUACCGAUGCCAACCUCGAGCAACAGGCUACCGACUACGCCUCUAUUGUCAACGGUUGCUUGAACCAGAAGGAUGCUUGCAGGGGCAUCACCAUCUGGGACUACACUGACAAGUACUCAUGGGUCCCUUCGACCUUCUCCGGCUACGGUGCUGCCCUUCCGUGGGAUGAGAACUUGGAGAAGAAGCCCGCCUACGAUUCUAUCCUGUCCGCUCUCCAGGCGGCAGCCGGCACCAACGGCACCAGUACGUCCACUCCUGCAGUCGAGACCACUCCGGCUGCCGCCACCCCCACCCCUACUGCCACUAAGGCUUCGAGCAGCGCAGUAGUCGCCCCGUCGGCGACUUCGGUCGAGGUUGCGGAGACUACUGCUGCGGGGACCCCUGUCGAGACUCCCGCUCAGACUCCCAUCGGGACUGCCGCCGAGACCCCUAGCUCUACUCCCGCCGCCUCCACCGGCAGCUCCGGCAGCGCUGUCUCCAAGUACGGCCAGUGCGGCGGUACGAGCUACUCCGGCGCCACCACCUGCGAGAGUGGCUCGACCUGCAAGGAGUGGAAUCAGUAUUAUUCUCAAUGCAUCUAA